AUGUGGCUCCGUGUGUGCGGGCUGUGGGUGGUCAUGGAAAAAGGCCUCAUGGAAAGCCUUAGCACUUCCACCCCAUCCCUCUCUCCUCCUCUCCAGGCAGUGGAUGCUGUGGUGGCAGCAGUGCUGCAUGGCAUCGUGGACGACACACUUUCAGUUUCAGCGGUGCUGCAUGACAUCGUGGAUGACACGCCGUACGACAUUGCUGACGUGGAAAUGCUCUUCGGUGCUGACGUGGCACAGCUGGUGGAUGGCGUGUCUCGCCUCAGCCACAUCAACCAGUUGCUGCGUCGGCACCGCAGGGCUACGGCAGAGCAGAGAGCACAGGAGAACACAGGACUAAGUUCAGCGGACGUGGACAGCCUGAGAAUGAUGCUGCUGGGUAUGGUGAACGACCCACGAGUGGUUCUUAUUAAGCUGGCGGACAGGCUGCACAACAUGCGCACCAUCUACGCCCUCAAGGACAGCAAGGCGAGGGCAGUGGCACAGGAGACACUUUCCGUCUGGUGCUCCCUCGCGUCCCGCCUCGGUGUGUGGGCCGUGAAAGCUGAACUAGAAGAUCUCUGCUUCGCAGUGCUCCAGUCUUGGGGUGAGAGCGAGGGGUUCAUAUCUUCUCACACGCCUGCCUCUCUGUGUGGUGUGUGGGUGCUUCGGUGUGUGGGUGCUUCGGUGUGUGGGUGCUUCGGUGUGUGGGUGCACUGGUGUGUGGGUGCUUCGGUGUGUGGGUGCUUCGGUGUGUGGGUGCUUCGGUGUGUGGGUGCACUGGUGUGUGGGUGCUUCGGUGUGUGGGUGCUUCGGUGUGUGGGUGCACUGGUGUGUGGGCCGGGGAAAGCUGAACUGGAGGAUCUGUGCUUUCCGUAA